AUGGCACUCUCAGUAGAGCUUCAGGCUCCUAACGGCCGCCGAUAUACACAACCCACGGGAUUAUUCAUCGGUAAUGAAUUUGUCCCGUCAUCGAGCGGCAGCUCAAUCAGUACUAUUGACCCUGCAACGGAAGAGGUCAUCACCACUGUUCACGCCGCAGAUGCCAACGACGUCGACAAAGCCGUUAAAGUUGCUCACGCUGCUCUCCGUCACCCAUCAUGGUCCCAACUCUCUGCCACUGACCGGGGCCAGCUGAUGAUGCGCCUUGCUGACUUGAUCGAGGCAAACGGCAAAACGUACAGGGACGCGCUGGAAGGUGACGUAGUCGAAGCCGUUACUACAAUCCGUUACUACGCUGGCUGGUCGGACAAAAUCUUUGGGCAAACUAUCAGCACCACGCCUCUCAAGUUUGCCUACACGAUCCGCCAUCCCAUCGGCGUGGUUGGCCAGAUCAUCCCUUGGAACUAUCCCCUGGCAAUGGCAGCCUGGAAGCUCGGCCCUGCGCUGGCUUGUGGGAACACGGUGGUGAUCAAGGCCGCCGAGCAGACCCCACUGAGCAUCUUAGUCCUAGCCCGGCUCAUCAAGGAAGCCGGCUUCCCACCCGGUGUGGUGAACGUUAUCAACGGACUAGGGGCGGAGGCUGGUUCCGCAUUAGUGCGGCAUCCUUUGAUUGACAAGAUUGCUUUCACGGGAUCCACAACGACGGCUGUGCAAAUCGGGAUCUCAGCAGCGAAGUCACUGAAAAACGUAACUAUCGAGGCAGGGGGCAAGUCGCCACUCCUUGUCUUUGAUGACGCAGAGUUAGAUCAAGCGGUAAAGUGGUCCCAUUUGGGUAUCUUCUCGAAUCAGGGCCAGAUCUGUACGGCAACCUCCCGCAUAUUCGUCCAUGACGCCAUCUAUGACGAAUUCGUCAGGCGGUAUCUCGACACUGUUAAGACCGUCAGUAAAGUGGGCAGCCAGUGGGAUGAUGACACUUACCAGGGUCCUCAGAUAUCAAAGGCCCAAUAUGAACGGAUCUUGCGAUAUAUUGACGUCGGGAAGCAGGAAGGAGCUGCUAUCAUGACAGGAGGCCAUCCUCUGAGUAUUGGCCCUAAGGGGAAAGGUUUCUUUAUCGCCCCGACGGUCUUUACGGAGGUCAAGCCAUCCAUGAGGGUCUUCCGUGAAGAAAUUUUUGGCCCAGUGGUGGUUAUCUGUCGCUUCAAGACGGAAGAUGAGGCUUUGGCGUUGGCCAACGAUUCCACCUACGGCCUUGGAUCUGCUGUCUUUACCAGGGACCUAGAGAGGGCCCACAGAGUGGCGGAUCGCCUAGAGGCCGGCAUGGUAUGGAUCAACAGCAGUCAAGAUAGUGACCCGAGAGUGCCAUUCGGCGGCGUGAAGCAAAGCGGUAUCGGAAGAGAGCUCGGCGAGGCGGGGCUGGAGGCAUAUUCACAGAUUAAGGCCGUGCAUGUGAAUAUGGGAAGCAAGCUUUAG